UACAAGACGGAGCUCUGCCGCAGCUGGGAGGAGCGCGGCAACUGCCGCUACGGCAGCAAGUGCCAGUUCGCGCACGGCAACGAGGAGCUCCGCCCCGUCCAGCGCCACGCCAAGUACAAGACGGAGAUCUGCCGCACCUUCUGGCGCACCGGCCAGUGCCCGUACGCGCGUCGCUGUUGCUUCAUCCAC